AUGGCGGAACCGGUAACUCGACAGCUGUGGCUCCCCCAAAUCGCCUUAUGCUGCUCAGACUUCAGCGGGCUUCAUGUGUGUCUGUGGGAAUUCUGCGCCAAAAAGCACACAAGGAGCCGCUAUCAGGGCUGAAACACACCUCCUGCCGUGAAUAUUUUGGAUUAUUGUGGACAAACUCUGGAUUAUUUGUCAUAAAAAGGACAUAUUUGGUGUCUUGGUGAGGCGGAGGUGCACACUCGUCCCAGGCUCCGUGGCAGCUAGGAGGAGGAGGAGGAGGAGAGGAAGGCACGAUGCCCAAACCGAUAAAUGUACGCGUCACCACUAUGGACGCAGAGCUGGAGUUUGCCAUCCAGCCAAACACGACUGGCAAACAGCUCUUUGACCAGGUGGUGAAGACAGUGGGCCUGAGGGAAGUGUGGUUCUUUGGUUUGCAGUAUGUCGACAGUAAAGGAUAUAUCACAUGGCUCAAACUCAACAAGAAGGUCACUCAGCAGGACGUGAAGAAGGAGAACCCACUGCAGUUCAAAUUCAGAGCAAAGUUUUUCCCUGAAGAUGUUUCAGAAGAACUCAUCCAAGAGAUUACACAGAGGCUGUUCUUCCUCCAGGUGAAAGAGGCGAUCCUGAAUGAUGAGAACUACUGCCCCCCGGAGACGGCGGUGUUGUUGGCAUCGUACGCAGUCCAGGCCAAAUAUGGAGACUACAGCAAAGACGUACACAAGCCGGGGUAUCUAACCCAUGACCGGCUGCUGCCACAGAGAGUCCUGGAGCAGCACAAACUGACCAAAGAGCAGUGGGAGGACCGGAUACAGACAUGGCACGAAGAACACAGAGGAAUGCUCAGAGAGGACUCGAUGAUGGAGUACCUGAAGAUCGCUCAGGACCUGGAGAUGUACGGAGUCAACUACUUUGAGAUCAAGAACAAGAAAGGAACACAGCUAUGGCUCGGAGUUGAUGCGCUCGGACUCAAUAUAUACGAGCAUGAGGACAAGUUGACGCCAAAGAUCGGUUUUCCCUGGAGCGAAAUCAGAAAUAUUUCAUUCAACGACAAAAAGUUCACCAUCAAACCCAUCGAUAAGAAAGCUCCGGAUUUUGUGUUCUAUGCCCCCCGUCUACGCAUAAACAAAAGGAUUUUGUCUUUGUGUAUGGGGAACCAUGAGUUGUACAUGAGGAGGAGGAAACCAGACACUAUAGAAGUCCAGCAAAUGAAGGCUCAGGCCAGAGAGGAGAAGCACCACAAGCAGAUGGAGAGGGCGCAGCUCGAGAAUGAGAAGAAGAAACGUGAAAUGGCUGAGAAAGAGAAGGAGCGAAUCGAGAGAGAGAAAGAAGAACUGAUGGAGCGACUGAGACAGAUCGAAGAGCAGACCAUGAAGGCCCAGAAAGAGUUAGAGGAGCAGACCCGUAAAGCAUUGGAGUUGGAGCAGGAGAGGAGGAGAGCUCGGGAGGAGGCAGAGCGUUUGGAGAGAGAGAGACGAGCAGCUGAAGAGGCCAAAGCUGAGCUCGCCAAACAGGCGGCUGACCAACAGAAGAACCAGGAGACUCUGGCGGCAGAACUGGCAGAGUUUACAGCAAAGAUUGCUCUGCUCGAAGAAGCAAAGAAGAAGAAAGAGGAGGAGGCCACGGAAUGGCAACACAAGGCCUUGUCAGCUCAGGAGGAUCUGGAGAAGACAAAGGAGGAGCUAAAGACUGCCGUUGCCGUGGUACCAGCUCACACAGAGACGGAACAUGACGAGCAAGAUGAGAACCAUGCGGAGGCAAGUGCGGAGCUGUCCAAUGAAGGAGUCAGCCAUGUUGAUCUGAGGAGCGAAGAGGCUCGAGUGACAGAGGCUCAGAAGAACGAGAGGGUCAAGAAACAACUGCAGACGCUGAGCUCAGAAUUGGCUGAGGCUCGAGACGAAACAAAGAAAACCCAAAACGAUGUCCUUCACGCGGAGAAUGUGAAAGCAGGACGUGACAAGUACAAAACGCUGAAACAGAUUAGACAGGGCAACACCAAACAGCGCAUCGACGAGUUCGAAUCCAUGUGAAACGGAUCUGGCAGGCAACAGCUAGCAUCCCAUAGAAGAAUAUAAGAGAUAUACGAAUCAGGCAGCACAGAGCAUUGCAUAGAAGAAUAUAAGUAAUAAGGAUCAGGCAACACCAAGCACCGCAUAGAAGAAUAUAAGUGAUACGGAUCAGGCAACACCAAGCAUCGCAUAGAAGAAUAUAAGUGAUACGAAUCAGGCAACACCAAGCAUCGCACAGAAGAAUUCAUGUGCUACAGAUCAGGCAGCAGCACAUAGACAAAGAGCAUCGCCAUUUUGUACACACCCCAACACCACCAUUUUGUAACUCUACCCAAAAAAACAGGCCCAAGACCCGAAAUCUACACAAGGUUGAUCUAGAGACUAUAGACCCAGGAAAUAUAGACCCAGGACUAACUCGGACCUCCAGGACUCGCAGCCCUUCUCCCAUUCUACCCCAGCCUCACCGUUUAUGGGUACACUCAGUCCUGCUCCCCUCUCUCCAGGAUCUAAACUAGGGACUGGGACCUGGGACGAUAGACCCAGAGGCGAAGCCCAGGACCAAGGGUGAUAGACCCAGGGGCCAGACCUUCACGAACCUCCAGUUCCUCUCCUGUUUCACCCCAGCCUCCCCUCACCGUUCCUGGGCAUUGUCUCCGUCUGGCCCCUUUCUUCUCGCCAAAGCGCCUGAUGCCACUUCGAACUAAUAACUAAGUUUAAUUGGGUUUUUUACGUUGAACAAAUUGCCAUAUUAUUAUUAAAUGAUUAUAAAUAUUCUAUAUUUUUGCUUCAGACUUCUGCUUUAGUAACUGUCUGUCCUUGUUCUAGGUUGUUUUAACGAUUUUUAAGUUGUGAUUGACGUCAAUUUUUUUUUUUCAAAAUAUCAGUUUCUGCCAGAUUUUGAAAUUUAGAAUUAUCUAUUAAAUCAGUAUUUUAGAGUUUAAAUCAGUCCAAGGUCUAAUAAUUAUACUUAUUGUGAACAAAACUGGAUUUUGUGGGGAUAGCACCACCUAGUUGUGAUGACUGAAUGUAGCAAAGGUCAAAAGGGACGUUAUUGGUCGAGGUGAAGCUUGUGAAAAGUUAAAAUAAGCUACAUUUUAAAUAUAUUUCCCAAAAUCUGAAAAGUGUUGGACUCUAGUCUCUCGUGGUUUUCUGUGUCAGCUCACACCGGACCAGGACUUGGCCAGUUCUAAACCAGGGACUGAACCAGGGUCUUGACAAGGGACUAAACCAAAUCUAAAGUGGGACUAAAAUGGGACUCAAAACCAGGGGCAAAAAGUAAAGACUAAAAUCAGGUUCAUGGACUUGAUUUAGUGCAGGUUUUGUGUCCUAAUACAGGCCUCAACCAUGGCUAAAGUAGGUUUUUAAAAAGGUCUCUAAACGAGCUUUAUGCUAGGUCCAAAAAAGGUCAAAACCAGGACUUGCCCAGGUCUGGAAAAUACCUAAACUAGGACCAAACUGGGUCUUAACUUAUACUAGAGGACUGAACCAGCGACUGAACCAGCGACUGAACCAGCGACUGAACCAGCGACUGAACCAGCGACUGAACCAGCGACUGAACCAGCGACUGAACCAGCGACUGAACCAGCGACUGAACCAGGGACUGAAAACAUGUUCACACGGUUUAGACUUGGUUUAGUCCAGGUUUUGGGCCCUAAAACAGGACAUGACCAGGACUAAAGUAGGACUAAAGUAGGACUAAAGUAGGACUAAAGUAGGACUAAAGUAGGACUAAAGUAGGACUAAAGUAGGACUAAAGUAGGACUAAAAGGUCUCUUAAACCAGUACUAUAACCAGGUUUAAACUAGGUCCAAAAAGUUUGAAUGCAGGACUUGCCAAGGUCUAGAAAAUGCCUUAAAUGGAACUAAACCAGGUUAUCUUAUACUGGAGGACUAAACCAGGACUAAACCAACUGAACAAAAAGUGAGCCUGUGAAUGUAACUGCAAUGUAAAUCUCUAAUAUUUUUUUUUACAUUUUUGUUCCCUAUGAAAUCCUCUGUCCUAAAAGUGAUUCUACCUCAGUAAAGUUUAACUAGAGACUAAAAUCCAACAUUAAAUAAAAAUUCAAAGCUAUAAUUCAGUCUGUUACUUAAGAGCUUCAUUUGACCUGUUCCUCGUUCACAAAAACACGAGUUUCAGACGCUGUUAUGCUCAUUAUAAAAAAAGAAAUGUUUAAAAAAAUUUGUUGAGGAGAUUUGGAGCUGAUGUACGAAUGUAGUUUCCGCCAUUUUAUUUUAACAAAGACUGUCCUUCAGUCGGUUCUGUUAAUUUGUCUCAAUAAAAAACGUUUUACAUUUUGG